AUGGGGCCCCUGGUGUGGCUGCUGUGUCUCUGCUCUCUGGCCCUGAGCUACACUGCUGGGGGGGAUGUGUGUGUCUCUGGCCAUGACAGUGGCCCCGUGUUCGAGGGCCAGCCGUCCAAUGUUCUCUUCCCUGAGGGCCUAACCGAAGAGCCCGUCAUCUUCACCUGUCAGGCCAGAGCCAGCCCUGCUGCCACCUACAGGUGGAAGGUGAACGGCACAGAGGUGCUGCUGGGCGAGGACUCACGCUACACUCUGGUGGCGGGGAACCUGCUGAUUGGCAGCCCCCAGCGGGGGCGGGACGCGGGGUCCUAUCAGUGCCUCGCCUCCAACCGCUGUGGCACCGUCCUGAGCCAGGCCGCCAACCUCAAGUUUGGCUAUGUUCACCCCUUCCCCCCAGACCCCCGGAGCCCACAGACAGUACCUGAGGGGGGAGGAAUCACCCUAAACUGCCAGCCCCCGCCUCAUUACCCAGUGCUGUCCUACCGAUGGUUCUUCAACGAGUUCCCCGUCUUUGUGAAGCUGGACAGCGGUCGCUGGUUCAUCUCCCAGGUAACGGGGAACCUGCAUCUGGCCAAGGCGGAACUCAGGGACACGGGCGACUAUUACUGCUUCACGACCAAUCACAUGAAUGUCCACACCAAGAAUGUCUUCAGCAGAGCCAAUCAGCUCACAGUCCAGCCUGACGCGAACCCCAGGAAGUCAGCUCCCAAAAUCAGAGUGCGGUUCCCCCCAGAGACCUACGCCCUGACGGGACAGACUGCACGCCUGGAGUGCUUCGCUCACGGCAAUCCCGUCCCAACCCUGCGCUGGAGAAAAGUGGAGAGCUCCCUCCCACCCAAGGUGACCCCGAGUGCGGACACGCCCACUCUGACCAUUCCCAACCUCAGCUUCGAGGACGAGGGGCUGUACGAGUGCGAGGCCCAAAACUCGGAAGGCCAGGACAGCUACCAGGGCCGCAUCACCGUGCAAGCUCGCCCCGAGUGGACGCAGGUGAUGAGUAACUCAGAGGUAGAGAUCAGCUCGGAGAUGCACUGGAGCUGCUUGGCUGCCGGGAAGCCCAAACCCUCCAUCCACUGGCUGCGUAACGGCCUGCCACUCAGGACACAGGAUCGAAUUGAGGUGAAUGGAGGGCAGCUGAGGAUCAGCCACCUGACCCUGGAGGAUUCUGGGAUGUACCAGUGCGUGGCGGAGAACAAGCACGGCACCAUCUACUCCAACGCAGAGCUGCGGGUCCAAGUCCAUGCUCCAGACUUCCGGCUCUCCCCGGUGCGGAGGCUGGUCCCAGCAGCCCGAGGCGGGCGGGUGGUGAUAGAGUGCCGCCCCCGCGCGGCCCCCAAGCCCACCCUGUUCUGGAGCCGCGGCACGGAGCUGCUCACCAACAGCAGCAGGGUGACGGUGACUCCAGAAGGGAACCUCUGGAUCACAAACAUCAGCCGGGCGGAUGAGGGGAGGUACACCUGCUUUGCGGAGAACUACCUGGGCAAGGCCAACAGCACUGGGAUUCUCUCUGUCCGAGAAUCGACCAAGAUCACCCUGGCUCCCUCCAACGCUGACAUCAACCAGGGAGAGAACGUCACGCUGCAGUGUCACGCGUCACAUGACCCGAGCAUGGACCUCACCUUCACCUGGUCCCUGAACGGGGCGUCCCUGGACCCAGAGAAAUCCGGCGGACACUUCCGUCGCCUGGAGGCCAAAGAGACGAUUGGUGACCUGCUGAUCACGGACGGGCAGCUGAGGCAUGCUGGGACGUACAGCUGCACGGCCCAGACGGUGGUGGACAGCACCUCCGCUUCCGCCCGGCUGGUGGUCCGAGGUCCUCCGGGGCCACCAGGGGGCAUCGUCAUCAAAGACGUGAACGAGACGGUGGUGGAGCUGGGGUGGAGCCAGGGCUACGACAACCACAGUCCCAUUGGGAAGUAUGUUGUAAAGGGCAGAUCUUCCCUGGCACCAGUCUGGAAACAGAUGAGAACGGACCCACCCACCGUUGAAGGAAAUGCAGAAUCGGCGUACGUGAUUGGCCUGCUGCCCUGGACGCACUAUGAGUUCCAGGUCAUCGCCAGCAACAUCCUGGGCAGCGGGGAGCCCAGCAUGGCGUCAGCGAUGGUCCGUACGCGACAGGCAGCUCCUACUGUGGCCCCCAGCGGACUCGGAGGAGGAGGUGGCGACCGUAACGAGCUCAUAAUCACCUGGACGCCCAUGGCUCAGGAGUACCAGAACGGGGACGGGUUUGGCUACAUCCUGGCCUUUCGCAAGCGUGGCGCCCUCUUGUGGCUGGUGGAGAGAGUGCCUGGAGCCGACUCCUCGCGCUUCAUCUACAACAACCAGAGCCUGUCUCUGUACUGCCCCUUCCAGGUGAAGAUUAAGGCCUACAACAGCCAGGGGGAGGGGCCUUUCAGCCAGACCGCCAUUGUGUACUCUGCAGAGGGAGAGCCCACCGAGGCCCCCCGGAGGAUCAACGCCACUGCCCUUACAGCCUUUGAGAUAAUGGUCUCCUGGGACCCUGUGGAACACGUGACCCCCAACGGAGCGGUACAGGGCUAUGAGAUUCGGUACUGGCGUCCACAGGACAGGAAGGAGGCUGCUGAUCGCGUGCGCACGGCGGGUUUAGAGACUAUGGCGCGGGUCUCGGGCCUCAGGCCAAUCACAGUGUACUAUGUCACCAUCCUGGCCUAUAACAGCGCAGGAACUGGGCCCCCCUCUCCCCAAACCUUUGUCACCACCAAGAAACCCCCGCCAGACCGACCCCCGGGAAACGUCUCCUGGAGGACUGAUGGUUCCUGGGUGACAGUCAUAUGGGAUCAGGUCAAGGCACUAAAGAACGAGUCUGCCGUACUGGGAUACAAAAUCCUGUAUAGACAUGAGGGCCAACACGCUCUCAAAGUUCUGGAGAAGAACAAGAGGUCCAUCAGCCUUCCACUGCCCAAAGACAACAGUUACGUGGUUCUGGAGAUCUGCGCCUGGGGUGAAGGGGGCAAUGGACCCCCCCACGAGACCAUUGUGUCCCGGGACUCAAGUACUGACAUGAUGGUUCAGAACUCAGCUGGACACCUCAGCCAGUGCCACACCCUCCUGCCCACAGCUGCUGUAUUGCUCCUUCUCAUUGGCUUAGGAGAACUCAGACUUUAGCCAAUCCCCCAUUGGAUACCUUUGACAACUUUCACCUUAUUGGUCAGAUUCACUUGACUUAACUUAUAGACUGAAGUGGCUUAGUUGGGGUGUGUGAAGAGAGGGUGGGGGGUGGUAGAACUUUUGUUAAUUUUAUAAGAGAAAAAAAACAAUUUGUAAGUUGGCUUGUGCUAGGUUAUGAAUUCAGACUUGGGUGAGGAUAAAGAAGACUAUAUGAUUGUGAUUUUAUAAAUAAUCUUCAUAAGAACAUGCCUUAUAGGAAUGUGAAUGAUCGUUAUGAUUGUCUUAUUGUUUCAUUUUCUAUUGAGUUAAUAAUUCAUAAUAUAGUACCCUGUAUGUCUCUAAUUGCUUCCCACUCUUUCAAUUACCUGGGAACAAAUAUGUCCAUUCCAAAUACCAAUGCCACUCUGCUGUUCAUGGCCAGAACAGGAGAGGCAAGGUAUCUAUACAAGCACAGAUCUGCAGUGUUCACUGUGUCAUUGCAAUUGUACCUGUAGCUUUUUUCUACAAUGCUUUUUUUUUGUCUACAAAUAUUCUUACUUUCGUGCCAAUCUAUUGUACACAGCCAAUGCUAUACAUAUACACCACAGCUGGAGUACUUGAUUCUGACUGGCCCACUGUUUAACUAUGACUCAAUGGGAGAAACAUUAAAAUGAACUGCUGUGAAGUAGUUCCGGUUAAAGAGGCCUUAUCACAGUUACAAAAUUAAUUAAUGUGCAAGCCCAUUCAACACUCAACCUCAAAUGAACAUUCCAUUUAUAACUGCAAUUAAUGGAAGAACAGUAACAACAACAAUGUAGUGCCACAAUACUUUUGUUUAAUUAUAUUUGAGUGUUGAAUUAUUGCUGUUGCUGCUGUGGUACGAGUAAACUACUUCAUUGUGUUUAACUGCCCCCCAGAUUUAUUUUGGGACCAUGUCUGUUGUCAUUUAUUUUCAUACAACUGCACAGCCAUAAUUUAUUACUUAACAUAAACCGCUCUGGUUUAGUGAAGCCAAAUUGAGUCUAAUUUCAUCCAUGUUUUGUUUUUUUUGUUUUUACACAAUUCCUUCAUUGAUUGUUUUCAUUUUUCCCUUUGCUACAAAGGAAGGCAGGGUUUUAGCAUUUUCCCCCCACCUUGUAACUCAACAGUAAAUCCUUGUGUUGGUCGGUGCCCUCGGAUUUGCCUGCUGCACUGCAGAACAUGUCUGUCUUAGCAAGUGUUUUAGUCUUGUAAUGAGACUUAAGCCUUUUUUUUCCUAAAGUAUAAAGUGUAAAUAUAAGGCUAAAAUACUUUGUUUGGUUUUUGCAGGGUGCAGCGGCUUCGUUCGCAUGUCAUUCCUGCACAGUGACUGGAGUAGCUAGACAGGAUUCAGUUGCUAUUUGGAAUUCAAAAUUACUGUUUCCCGAUGCGUGCUACUGUCACAACGAUCAGAUUUUAUGAGCUGGGAACAGAGCGAAGUGAACAACCUGUCCUACAUACAGUACAGCACAGGGUGCCCCCAGGGCCAUCAGCAGAGAUGCACUCAGACUGUUCCUGUUCCUUACAUAAGACUCUAAGCACUUUUUUAAUUUAUUCAUGUAUUUAUUUAUUUAUUUGUUUGUUUAUUCAUUCAGUACUAGGGGCACUGUAAUGCAGGUAAAUGCAUUGGGGUGAAUUGUAUCACAGCAACAACAGAUCAUGAGCUGAAGUUUUCAGUAGACCAUGAACAUGUGAACUUUUGUUUUUUUAACAAUCCGUACGCACAUUAACACACCACUUUAAUAAUACUGUCCUUUAGCAGAUACUCUGGUCCAGAGAAACUUACAUAGUUUUGCAUUGUGUCUAUGUAUACAGUUGGAUAUUCACAGAAGCAGUUCUGGUUUCAUAUCUUCCCACCAGCCGGCAGUGGCAGAAAAUCCCAGUCCCCUAAUCAUACUAUUAGAUUAUACGGGACUACGGGAUGAAUGAAAAACAAUAUUUUGUGUAAUAUUACUAAAAUGGCUUCAGUAAAAUCCAUAUAGUAUACAGCUGAGAAUAAGACAUUUUGGUAUCUGUCAGUAUUUUUAAAAUGAAUUGUUAAUGAUAUUGAGGACAGUUUUGUUUGUUUUUGAUGUGGAAGAUUCUGUUAGCAGUCACAAGAUAAGAUACAUCUCACAAAGUCCAUACAGACAUGCUUACUGCUAUCAAACUGUCUCUGUGUUCACAGCUUUUGAAAAAAUAGUAUCAAAUUAUUACUGUAAUGUGUCUUGUUUCUCACCAUUGACACCAGUGACAGGUACAGAAAGGAUUUGACUGAUCAACAUAAAUUAUCUUUUUAGAAGAAUUAGGUUUUUGUAAAAAGCGCACACAAAGACAUUCAGUCCACAUAGCAGUGAAUGUCAACACCAUCCAGUCAUCCCUUGAUUGCCUGUUUAUACAUUUUAGAAAAAUAUUUAAGAAUCAUGUUGCUACGUAUUAAUUAUGUAUAACCUAUUUGUAUUUUAAUAAAACGGAUAGCAAAAAAAUUAAACCAAUGACAUGAUUGUUGUUUUGGUUGCUGGGAUACAUAAAAUCUUCUAAUUAUACAAAUGUUUAUUAUCAACAACACUAUUAAUUCAACAUGACAAAAUGACCAUUUCUGGUAUGCACCAGAAUUAUUUUGCCAAAAAGUCCUUUACAUGCCAAAACUAUUUUUCAUUUGAGUUUUUUUGAAUUAUUUACUAUUUAAAAAGAACAUGUGUUAUGACAUGUAUAUUAAUAUUUCCCUUAUAACUAUGAGAAGACUGCUGGGUGGCUCAUCCAGUUAAUGCAUUGUUGUAGUGCACGGAGGCCCAUGGUACAUCACCUAGGCCUGGUACUGUAGCAUGAACAUGACUGGGUGUACCAAACUGAGGAUGAAAGCAUUAAGAAAAAUAUACAGAAUGAGGUCCUCUUGAACAUUGUGGAGUGGAGUAAGCCUACUAUACCCCACAAAUAAACAACUAAUACAGUAUAACUGAAUUAAUUAAGUAACAAAAUACUGCCAAUAAACUCAAUCUGACAUGCUUCACUGUGACUGGGGCAGAAGCAGAAUGAUAAUG